CUUAAUUAAUAAGACCUAACUUAUUUAAUAAAUGCAAAUUUCAGUUUCCAAACUAUAUUAAAUGCAUCAGCUGCAAUUCCCACCCACCUCUCUUCACUUCUUUCUCUAACUAAAUUAAUUAAAAUACAAAAUUUUCAAAAACAAAAUUAAUUUUUUAAAAAAUCUUUUAUCACUCUCUUCUCUCUCACAUGGACCCAGUCUUCUUCUUCUUUACCAACAAAUGUCAACAGCCGCCUCCUCCGCCUCCGUCUUCCUAAACCAUCCUCCUUUUCCACCGUCGCCACCUCCACACGGCUCCAACCAUUCUUACCUCACAAAUCUAGGCUUUGGCUACUCCAUAGCCAUAGCUCUCGGUUUCCUCGUCCUUCUCUCUACGGUCCUUUUAUCCUCAUAUAUAUGUUGCCGCGACUCCCGCCGCCGAACCACCGCCGUGGAAUCUGUAGGAGACCGUGGCGGAAGUGUAAUCCUCCCUCGCAUAAUAUUCGUCGCUGAAGAAGACAAUGAUCUCGAAGCAGGUGAUGUCGUCGUGGGAUUCGAUCAAGCAGUCAUCAACUCUUACCCUAAGUUCCACUAUUCCAAAGAUUCAUCCGCCGCGUCCUCCGAUGGGUUUGGCGGCGGAGGAGAUACGACGUGUUCGAUCUGUUUGUGUGAGUAUAAAGAAGCGGAGAUGCUGAGGAUGAUGCCCGAGUGUAAACACUACUUCCACUUGUGUUGUCUUGAUGCGUGGCUUAAACUCAACGGAUCUUGUCCUGUUUGUCGUAACUCGCCGCUUCCGACGCCGACAUCUACACCUCUGUCGACACCUUUGUCGGAAGUUGUGCCGCUCUCGCAGUACGCCGCCGAUCGGAUGAGAGCAAGAAGAUGAUAAUUAUUACUAUUAUUAUUUACAUAGAUCCAUUCGCCUAAUUAGGUAUGAGCGGUUCAAAAUAUAAUACGCGGUCGUGUUUUAUAACAUACAGUACACAAAAGGGUUUAGAGUUUGAACAAGGCAAACAGAUGGCAAACAUGCAUCUACGUUAUAUUUUUAAAGCGUUGCCUUCAAGCAAUUCUACAUUAUUUCUAGAUGGCCUGAAGUUCCUGGUUCGAUGAUAGCCGUGAAGGGGGUUUUAAUUGUAAAUGGCACGUUAAUCAUAAUUCACAAGAGAGAAGGUUGGAUGGUGUGAACAUAUGUUAUUUAUAUAUUUGUUGAAAAAUUUGUUAUGUAAUAAUGAAAUGUGAAUGUGUUAUUUGACUUCCCUGCCUGCACUAUCUUGUGGUGGUGAUACUGUUGGAGCUUAGUGGUAGUAUGUCCUUGUAAUCAAGUGAUUA